AUGGAUUAUUCGUACUACUCCGGUCCUCAGCCCCAGCCUUUUCCCUUCUACGGCCUCCCCGCCGGGCUGCCCACGCCCGAGCACCAUCAAUCCGCGCCCCGUCAGGACAACCUUCAGGACACCUUCACAUCUCUGGUAUACUCUCUCGCAGCAUCUGCCGUAGCGUCGCUCACUAACGCAAUCAUGGAACAGCAAAACUAUCAAUCCUUCGACCCUUCCUUUCGCUUCCAAAACCCCGCCGGCCAGUCCUUUGUCCCACCGCCACAUUCCCCACCCGAGUCUUUCUCCAAACAUUCGGUUUCCAGUAAUGAGGUUCUUAAUCACACAGAGCCAACCUCGGUGGAUGGUGGAGAUGACCGCCUGGGGGACCCGUCAUUAGGGAGGAGCAGCAGUGAAGAGAAAGAGGGCACAACGCCGGCGCAAACGAAGCGGAAGGCGCAAAACCGCGCUGCCCAGCGUGCAUUUCGGGAGCGAAAGGAACGACAUGUGCGAGAUCUGGAGGACAAACUCAACAGUUUAGAAGAGGAGUCCAACACCCUACUAGCCGACAACGAGCGCCUGAGACGGGAACUGGCGAAAUUCACGACCGAAAAUGAGAUUCUUCGCGCAACGUCCGGCUCGGCCAGUCGAUCAAACAACCCACCUGACUCAGGGCCCAUCACGACGGGACCCCUGAGGUACUCGCCUACGGAUUUCUACUCCAAUAUCGUCCCCAACGGCGAACCUGUUCGUCGCCAUCGCGUCUUGGUCUGUAGCGAAACGGGCGAGAAGUUGCUUGAUGUCAGCACGACCUGGGAAUACAUUCAGAACCAUGAGCUGUUCAAGCAUGGCCUUGUCGACAUCGCGCAGGUCGCCGAGAAACUCAAGGGCCGGGCCCAAUGCGACGGACAGGGGCCGGCUUUCCGAGAAAGCCAAGUACGCACGGCGAUUGAGGAGAGUGCCGCAGACGACAAUGAUGGGCUGCUAUGA